ACUCAAGUUUGGAACAAGGUUAUCGAACAAUAUACGAUAUCGAGAUAACUAGACAUUCAGACAUCGACAGAAUUGCCCUCCGUGAGCUUGGCAAAGGAAGCUAGCAAAUACAAAAGAGAUACAGUAUCAACGCUUCAGAUAAUAUAAUUGUCAACACUUUAGCUUCGAUGUAGCUACAAGUACACAUAAUAGUGGAACGAGUUAGCAUUAAUCACAACCACUGAGACAACUAGUUCUCUAGUAUCGACAAGUGUCCUGUGUACGCGCGAUAGGGCUAAGGGGAUCAAGUUUGAAUUCUGGAGACGAUCGCCUACAUCUAUAUACAUUUUGAACUUUGGUAUAACUUUUUGUGUUUAGUGCAGGCUUAUCGAAAACCAUAAUCCAACUAAGGCAGACUAUCCUGGCGUAGACAAAACUGAAAUCUGCCAAGUAAAACAAAAAAAAAAGAGAUAAAGUGAAUACCAAUCGUCGUCUUUUGGUUUCCAUUGCAGGAAUCUCGACUCUUGAGAAAACAAGGACAUUAUACUGACAUCGGCAAAAUUUUUAUGUAUGCACGUCGAGUGUAGCCAAAAGAGAUAACGUUUGAAAUUUGUUGAUCACCUCGAUAUGAGCUUUGAUCUGUGAGAUAGAUCUCAGCGUUCAUGCGAAAAAAAAACAUAAGGCUACUGUAUGCAGUAUCGAAUUUGGAUGUGAAUCUGAACGUAACCGCGACCUAGAAUCAUAGCGCAGCACUGCCAGAGAGAACAGUUCAACCUUGUGUCUUCGUCGUUCUUGCGUCUACAUUGGUUUAUCACGCGGUCGAGUGUUUCACAGGAGGUGAAGGGUUUGGGAGACGUUCCUGAAGAUGACGGAGAAGAUGGAUAUAGUGAUUGUGAGAGACUGCUUCAAGGCAGCCAAGAAGGAGGAUGGGACCAUCAAUAUUGAAGACAUCAUGAGGGGAUACGAAGAGAUUGCAAGACUCUACGACAUGAUGGGUUCCCUAUUCACCUUCGUAUCGAAGGACAUGCGUUAUCGCCUCAAAGCCUUGGAGACCCACCGCUCCGAUGACACUCUCUCCGCCAACUACCAAACCGUCCAAGCCGUCCUCGACUACGAAACUGCGAACGGCAUCAAACGGAAGUCCAAACGCGGCGGCUUGUCCGGUAACCGCGCCCUCCACGAGAUGCACUUUGACAUCGAGUUCUUCAUCGAGAUGUUCAUCACCUUGGCAGCGGGCAACGACGAGAGCAAAUGCUCCGAGCUGUCCCGCCAGGCCUUUGACAAAACGCUAAGCAAUAACGUGAACUUCGCCGUGCGCCAGGCGGCGCGUCUGGCCAUGAGGUGGUUGCCGACCCGGAAGGAGUUCAUUGAUAGUUAUCUGAAACAGGACACUGCGCAGGCGCUGGAGCUGAUCGAGCCAACCACUACUAUCAUGAAGCAGGUGUAUGACGUCAUGGAGUCGGGGUUUAAAAAGCACAAUAUAAAGAAUUAACACUAAUAGCCUAAUUGUAGAGGAGUAAAAUACUGAGAAGUAAUUGUGAGUAAAUUAACAAGAAAGUAAAUGAACUAGUGUAGCAGAUUUCACGGUACACCAUGUAUCUUUCUUGGGCAAGUGUUGGUCCCGAAAAGGACCACCCAAACUCUUGAUCAAGAAAAAUACAUGUACCGUGAAACCUAUUACACUAUUCUUCUUCGCCAUGGGAACCUUCAGAAGUUGCAAAGUAAUGAACUUAUAUUAAAUGACAAACAACUAAUUUGGCGUCUGUUUGAAGAUUUAUUGAAUCCUCCAACAGUAAUGCAAAUCACUUGUCCAUUUCGUGUCUAAUUACAUGUAUACAUGCUAAACAUUAUAUAUGGUAAAAUGUGUAAUAAAAACGUGCUUUAAUUGUUGUUAUUGAAAAAAAAUGCGGCUCAUGAAAUUGAUUUGGGAUUUAUCAAUCGCUUCCAGCUGCACAGUCACCUCGACUGAGAAGAUAUUUUACAACUCCCGUAUGGCAAUUAGCCGCUGCGAAAUGUACAGGGGUGUUGACAUCGUCAUUGCCAGUCUCGAUGUAGGCUUCUUGACUAGAAAGGUACCGCAGUAGGUCAAGAUGGCCACCGAAAUGAUGCGAAGAGAAUAUUUCCGCUGUUGUUACUAUAUGGAUAGGACCUACACACCCAUUUACCAGAUGCUGGCCAAUAUCUAGAUGGCUGUUGAUUGCUGCAUGGAGAAGUGGCGUCAGUCCGUCAUCAUCUUUGCUGAGAAGUUUGGCCCCUCUGUUGACCAGUUGGCGAACUAUUUCUAGGUGAACUCAUUGCAUGCCACGAGUGCCGCUGUCGUACCGCAUUCGUCGAUCUUACCAGGCGGUGCCCUUUAUCUAGGAGAUAUCCAACAUGAUGCGACAUGGAGAGGCGUCAUCUAGGUGCUAUCACCCUUCUCAAGAAGUGCACCUUGACUUUCGAGAAACCUGACAACAUCCAGGUGCCCAAGCUUGGAAGCGCAAUGUAAUGGGCUAGGGACAUCAUUGUGGUCAACAUUUUCAAAUUUGGCUCCCUUGCUUACGAGAUACUGGACAACUUUGAGAUGACCUCUGGCGGAUGCGCAGUGAAGGGCAGUUAGUCCUUUACUGUCACCUUUGUCAAGUUGCGCUUGUUGACACACGAGAAGUACGACAAUGUCCAGGUGGCCAUUGAAAGAUGCCUUCUGCAGAGGUGUGAUGCCGUCUUUAUCACCUUCAUCCUUUUGUGCUCCUUUUAGGAUGAGUAGGCGGACAACACCAAGAUGGCCAUUGGAUGCGGCUUUGUGAAGAGCUGUUUCACCAGCAUCAUCCACUCGUUCAAGGUCAAGUCCUUCACCAAUGAAAUACCUAACGACAUCGAGACGACCUUCUGCAGCUGCAAAGUGAAGAGGGGUCACACCAGUCGUGCUUCCUUUCUCGGUCUCUGCUCCUGUGUCUACAAGAAACCUGGUAACUUCGGUAUUGCCAUUGGCUGAUGCAUAAUGAAGCGGCGUCAAACCAUCUUUGUCCACCUUAUCAGGCUGUGACCCUUUACUAACGAGAUAUUGAACCACGUCAAGGUACCCUUUGGAUGAAGCAAAAUGCAGUGGUGACAUGUCUUUGAUAUUGACUGCAUCGAGGUUGGCUCCAUUAUCUACCAGGUACUUUAUCACAGGAAGAUCACCGCUGCAUGUUGCCUUAAUGAGAGGGGUUACACCAUCCCUUUUAGGUUUCUCAAGCGUUGCUCCCUUGUCAAGAAGACACUGAACGGUGUCCAGGUGGGCAUUGAGUGAUGCAUAGUAGAGAGGUGUUCGGCCAUCUUUAUCCUCUAUCUCCAGCUGUGCCUCUUUGUCAAGGAGAUACUCGACAACUUUCAGGUGACCAUUGAUGGAUGCUUCUAGCAAUGCCGUUCGUCCUUUGUCAUCCAUUUUCUCCACCUCUGCUCCUUUCGUCAUGAGAUACUGAACAGUGUUUACGUGACCAUUGGACGAAGCCUCUAGGAGAGGAGUCCGACCAUGAUUAUCUGCUACAUCUAGCUGUGCCCUCUGACUGAUAAGAUACCAAACCACAGCACCGCGACCAUAGCAAGAUGCGUAGUGAAGAGGCGUCCUCCCGUCCUUUUGUGCAGCCUCAAUCUCAGCUCCUUCGCUGAUAAGGUAACGAGCAACAUCUAGAUGACCUUUAGAUGCAGCGCAGUGAAGCGCCCUCACGCGAUUCACAUCACACUUUUCAAUAUCCGCGCCCUUGCUUAAGAGAUACUGCACCACAUCCAAUUGGCCACACGACGAAGCAUAAUGUAGAGCUGUAUUGCCGUACCUGUCUCCUUGGUCCAAGUCAGCUCCUCGAUUGACAAGGAACUUCACAAUUUCGGUAUGGCCAUCCUGCGAAGCAACGUGGAUAAGGAAUUGACCUUCUUCAUUUGGUAGAUGUAUGCUGAUUUCUCUAGUGUCAAUACCGGCUCUGCCUUCGAAGAUGGCUUUCAGAUUGUCCAGCUUGCCAGAGCUCGCUGCACGAAAGAUACGAUCCAUUUUAUACUGUUUCAAUACCUUUACAGCACAUUAAAAAGAAGACGAAAAACCCAUGGAUGUUAAACUGUGCCGACUCAGCUCUACGAAAUUUUAACCGACAUGUAUCAAGUGGUAUAGAUGAGUUAUCCAGACGUUUUGUUUUGGCAAGCUUAUUCCUUCAUAUAGACAGUGUGCACAACAGUGCACGACGGUGCCAGAGUGCCAUUGAAAAUAUACAAUACAGUGGUGAUCGAUGUUUGAAUAUUUGAUCAGGCACUACGCUGUCACUUUCAACAGUUCAAGGGCGGAAAGGUAGGGGGGACCAGGGGCUGGAAAAUUUGUCAAGCACAAAAAAAAGUAAUCACCCAAAAAGUAAGCUCAUUUCGACCAAAUUAAUUUUACAAGCAAGCAAAAAAAAAAGAGUAAUCACACAAAAAGUAACGUCAUCUCGUACAAAAUACCUGUUUUAUUUCGAUUUUGAAUGAUGUAUUUCUUUCCAACAAAAGUAUUAGGGGGGUGUGUCCCCACUACUAUUUUGGGUAAGGGGGACGCGUCCCCCUCUUGGUUUUCCGCCCAUGGUCUCUUUCAUACCAAGAACCAACAGGGCAAAUUCGACUUUCUGUUGACACAAAGCUCCAGCCAAAAUUAUCCAUGACACUUUCCUCCGUACAAAAUGUUUAAGUUUUAAAAUAUUGUUCAAAUCCGUCGCACAAAACAAUUGAGUCAAUAGACACUAUAUUGCGUUUUCUACACAUUUGCACUAGACAAAUAACCUGGAAGACAUGCAGUUUAUGCAGUGUCAUUUAGUAUUUGUAUUACUACAAGUUUAUCACUAUAUACAUGAAUAGGCAUAUAGAAGUGCAUUUGUGUCACACAACUCAUAGGGGAGUUGGGUGGGGGGUCUUAGAAAUACUGACAUUGUAUAUGGUAGAAAAUGAACACUUCAGUUAUUUGACACCUCCGCCUCCCGCCCCCCCCCCCCCCCACAAAAAGGGGGAAAAUACAUAUUCAGGGGCUCCACCCCCAACAUGACAGUACUUAUUGACAUUGUAAAAGAAAAUGAACACUUCGAUGAACUGCAUAUGACCCCCCCCCCCCCCGCCAGUCUCCGAAAAUGGGCCGGGGGCAACGCAUUUAUCAGGGGCGCCAUUUCAACCUUCUUCAGAGAUAUUGUUCAAAAUGCGUUGGUGAUUAUUAAAAAUCCACCCCAACAAAAAUUUGAAUUGAAUAAAAAGAGAAAAAUCCAACAAGCAUAACACUGAAAAUUUCAUCUAAAUCAAAUGUAAAAUAAGAAAGAUACCGUAUGACAUUUAAAAGUUUCGUGGUCGGUAUACAAAUGAGGAGACUGAUGACAUCAUCCACUCACUAUUCGUUUUGUAUUUUAAUUAAAUGAAAUAUGAAAUAUUCCAAUUUUCUCCUCAUUGUCAAGUGAAACAACGAUUAGUUCCUCCCUGAACAUGUGGAAGUAGCAUUGUUUGAUGUUUUAUGGUUCAGUCAAGUUGGUCCUUAUUGUCAAAUGUGUAAAAAAAUGAAAUAUGUUUUAAUUCAAACAAU